AUGUGUGGAGACAGGAGUAUGCAGGAUAAUUCAUAUGAAGACGCCCUCCACCCUCCUACACAAGGUCAUCAUCAUUCAGCGCUUGAUCCUCGGUUCAUACCUGGAUACACAGAUGAAGAAUUUACAUCCAAUAAUAAUCACCUCAAGUUACCCAUCCCAGAGGUAAAUGAUGAGAUAAGCAGGAACGAGGCAAAGACUGCGGACGAUCCACAGGAAGAGAUGAGUGACAUUCUGACACAGUUCAGUUCAACCAAACCAGGUGUUCACCCCUACUGGAUCGGUGAUCUGGACAGCAUCAUCAUGAAGUCUCCUGAGUUGUACACCAGUCCUCGUGAAAAUGGUGGUUUCUAUAAAACGAGGAAGUCUCUGUCCCAACAGCUGGAGUUUUCUCACACCCAUACUCAGGCAGUGGACCACCCCUCACACUCCCUCAGUUCUGCUCAGCUGUUGAACCAGUCCAGCAACGUGCACGCCUUCAUAAUCUGCAGUAUUGUGCUGAUAAAGGGUCAUGGCAAGGGUCUGGGCUUCAGUAUCGUGGGGGGUCAGGACAGCCCGUAUGGACCCAUGGGAGUCUAUGUGAAGACCAUUUCUCCUUCAGGAGCAGCGGCUGCUGAUGGACGGCUGCAGGAGGGUGAUGAGAUUCUGGAAGUUAACGGAGAUUCCCUUUAUGGUCUGACUCACUAUGAAGCUCUGCACCGAUUCAAACAAAUCAAAAAAGGUCUGGUGACUCUGGUGGUAAAAACCAGUCUGCAUGGUGGGGCCUUACGUGGACGGAAGCAAGUUUUUCAGCUCAGCAGGUCUCGCUCCCUCAGCUCCACUACAGGCUUGGCAUGGCUGGGUUCUGACGCAACAUGGCUGGGUUCUGACCUCAGCUCUCUGAAGGACAGCAGUAACACACUAAGCCCCACAGACCAACCUGUUAAACCCAGAGACCGGAUCAUGAAAGAAAUCAUCCUGCACAAAGAGGCAGGAGUCGGGUUGGGAAUCGGACUGUGCUGUGUUCCCUCUGAUGAAGGAUGUUCAGGGAUCUUUAUUCACACCAUCUCUCCUGGAUCCAUCGCUCACAUUGAUGGCAGACUGAGAUGUGGGGAUGAAAUCAAGGAGAUCAACAAGACUUUGGUUUACAGCAUGGGCCUGAAUGAUGUCUACUCCAUCCUGAGCCAGUCCAAACCAGGUCCAGUCUACAUCAUCAUCAGCCGCCACCCUGACCUCAAAGUGUCAGCAAAGCAGCUGAAUGAUGCCAUCAUCGAGGCGGUGGAAAACAGCAAACUGGAAAAAAACAAGAGUCACCACUUCCUGUUUGUGCGGCAGGAAGAAGAACUUAUAAGAAAAGAGUUAAAGCGAAGCAAAGGAGAAUUAGACUCUGCAUCGAAUACCAAGAACCAACUCCAAACAGGUGAAACUACUGCUGCACUCUGCUCCAAGCUGAAGAAAGGUGGUCUGAGGAGACAGGCUCGUAUCAAUCCACACUCUGAAGAUCAGCUUCAAGACCCUUGGGUUCCUCUUUCAAACUGCUUGUCUGAAGACCUUCCUGAGAUCUUUCAUCAUCAGGAAAGUACAAACAGCAGCAUCCCUGCCACCAUGACAGAUGAGGAGAACGUCACAGAACAAGCAUCGACUAUGGCUCAGAAACCUUCAGGAUUAAAGACGGCACCCCCUGUGGCACCCAAACCUGCUUGGUUUCCACAGAGUCUCAGGAAAAUCUGGAAUGAUCAAGAACAGAGAAAGCAUGCUUAUUCAUCAGAAGAGAAGUCUCCUGCAGGUAUCAGCAGAAGCUUUGGGGAUAAAUCUACCUCUUUUGAGAGGAACAUGUCAAUCAAGCAAAAGAUUCACUCUUUUGAGACCUUUUCUAGUCCAGGGCCACAAGUCAAAAGGAGUAGUGUCAGGAGGCCUACUGCCCCCUCCACCUCUGUAUCUUUGCUGGAGGAGAAGUCUGCAAGCGUUUGCAGUUUCUCUCUUGGUUCACAUGACAAGAGUCAACAUAAAUUCCCCAAACAGACACAGUCAGACCAAUUUUCAUGUGAUGGAAAAAUAAACAAUGGAGCGGACUCUGCUGAACUCUCUGGAAUCAUCCCAGCCACAUUUGAAGAUUGUCAUCAAACGGAUGCCAAGACUUGCGAAAAUCAACCUCCUUCCAGUGAGUCCUCUAGUGAGUCAGAAUUGUCACUCUGCAAUAUCAUCAACUCCGAUCCCAGCAUGGUGAAAAAUGAUGCUCAUCUAACUCCAGACCAAAAUGAUGCUAAAGUCCAAACAUCUGACCAGGAAUCUGAGCGAGAAAUGGUGGAUAUCAGCAACUCCACAGAGUCCAGUCUUCUUUCAGCAACACCUGCAAGAUCCAGUGAAAAUCCUGCAGAGAUCAGUUCAGAUGGAAACACAGAAGAAACUCCUGGAGAGAUGCUGAAGUCAUCUCAGAGUUCUACUCCUCCCACAGAAGAGCCAUCCCCGAAGACUGAAGAAGAAGAACAAUUUGGGAAAAUCAUUGCCUUCAGUAACCAGGUUUCACAAGCAUUAAUGCGCUCACUUCCAGUUUCCUAUCAUAACUCCUGCCUCCAAACUUUGACAGACCUCUCGGCUGAGGAUGUAAGUAGCACUCAGGACUCCAAUCUGGGCCAGGAUCAAAAUAAAAAAGGAUUCUCUGUCAGUUUGGCCACACUGAGGGAAUGCACCAUUGAGCAGGAGAGGAGUGAUAGUGAUGCAACUCUGAUCUCUGCUCACUCUGUCAUCUCAGUCAUUCCUUCAGAAGAAAUACAGAUGAUGAUACAGGAAGUUAAAGACUUGGAUGAAGUAACAGUGAAGCAGCUGGUGGAUAUCCAUGUUGUGAUUCUGCAUAAAGAGGAGGGCGCUGGGUUGGGCUUCAGCAUCGCCGGGGGGUCCGACCUGGAGAACAAAGCUCCAACAGUGCACAGAGUGUUUCCCAGCAGACUGGCUGCUCAGGAGGGAACCAUCCAGAAAGGAGACGAGGUUCUGUCGAUCAACGGACAAAGUCUGCGUUAUGUCACACAUGCCGACGCCACCGCAGCUCUGCGUGAGGCUCGCAGUCAAAAACUGGCUGUGGUUGUUAUUUGCAAGAAAGCUGUGGAGGACAUCCAAGAGGAAGGAGUCCAGAGAGACCGAGAGGACAGUUCAGCAGGUACAGAGAAGCAGGAAGCCUCCAUGAAAGUGAAGCUGGAGAAAGGUGCAGGGGGUGUCGGUUUUACUCUGGAAGGAGGAAAAGGAUCAAUCCUUGGAGACAGACCUUUGGUCAUCAACAGGAUCUUUAAAGGUGGAGCAGCAGAGCAGAGUGGCCUGCUGUGUGGAGAUGAAAUUCUGCAGGUCCAGGGACAGAGUCUGCAGGAUAUGACCCGCUUUGAGGCCUGGAACAUGAUCAAGACUUUACCUGAAGGGUCCAUUUUCCUCGUCAUCAGGAGGCAGCAGGGGCCAGAGGAGUGA